CGACACCAGCUCCGGCUCUGACUCUGAUGCCGACCCCGGUGCCCUUCCUGGCCGGAAACGCCAACGACUUCGUCAAUAGCACCACCAGCGCGGCCGACCCCGGUAUGCUCCGGGGGCCCGGCAGCCUGGUGUUGCCGCUCGCAACCGCGACGGCCGCGUUCCUUGGCGCCCUGGCCUUCGGGGCGGCGCACCAGCACCAGCCUGCUCGAGGGGGGGCCGUGAGGAACUAGGAGGUGCCAUGGACUGUGAUGGUCCCCCAUGGGGCACUAGGGCGUGCCGUGAGGUACGAGGGGGUGCCGUGUGGCACUAAGAGGGUGCCGUGGGGCAAUAGAGGGCGGCGGCGGCGGCGGCGGCGGUGUUGGAGAUAAGGCUCGUUCGUCACAUUUGUUGGGGCUUGCGGCGAGAGCUCAGAAAGGAUGGGUGAGACAGCAAGACAGAGGUGUGCGACAUCGUGCCUGCGUUGUUGUUCUCGAUGUUGGAGGACUAGGACGGCAAAGCGUCUGUACGAGUACUGUUUAGUGCCUGUUGGGUGCAUCAAUUGGCGUCGGCUGGUCGAGGCAGGCCCCCAUGGACCGCGCAGCGCGUGCGAGUCGUGUGAGAUCAUCGUACUUGGUGGGGGUAGGGUAGAGUUCACCUUCCGGGCAUGCGCCGAGCAGUUGUUUUUGCGACGAAUGAGCGCGGUAGAACCUCUUGCCAAGAGUCCAACUUCAUCUGGGACUCCCUACAGCAUAGGGAGACGGACGAGGGCUUGGGUCGGCUCUGUCGGUGCCGCUUCGGGAGAACUCAAGAAGUGGUGCCGCCAUGUUUGCGGUGGCAAGAUCAAGAACGACGAGAAACGGUGAAAGUGUGGCCUGCAUAGGAUUGGAAGGAAGGGCCCUGGGAAGCGGCGCUGUCACCAUCACCAGGACUGGUGGACGCCUGCUCCGUCGGGGAGCCAUGUAGCUGUUUUUUCCCGUCUUGGUUGCAGCCUCUGAGAGGCGCCACUUUCAGUCUGCAGUGCCACCCCUCCUACGAAGAAAACUGUCCGUUUUUUUUUUUGCUCGUCGGUAUCGUUGUUUUUGUGUGUUUCUUCAUUGCCAAAGAACAGUAAAGAACGUAACCGUGCCAUGUUUGCAGAUAUGUAGUACGUGAAAGUAUCGAGAUUGCACUUGAAUGCUGUGGUGCUUGCCCUUUGGUCUUGUGGUUUGUCCAUGAAACUAGUCGUUCCUGCAAAGAGCAAGAAACCAGGCAGGGGAUUAGACGGUGUCUACUAUUGUAGGUCUACAAUCAACAUUCUUGUAUGUGGAUGGAGCUCGUAAGAGGCAUAUACUUAUCUAGGGUAGAGAUUUAAGCGAGACGGGGAAGCGGGGAGGGUCAUAUUCAAUGUGUUGAUUGCCUUAGUCACCUGACCAUUGCGUUGACCGUACUUUUUUCCCCGUACCCGCGGGUACAUGCUGUUUUUUCCAGCGUCGUCUUGACGGGGCCCCUUUUUCUUUAUUUAUAACGUUUGUGGUAGGUCAUGUCACGGGUAUGGGGCGAGAGUCCGUAUAGCGGUGAGUAUGGACAGAUGGCCUCGUUGCGUGUGUCAAGGUAUGUUUGGGAGUGAAGAUGGGGGUGUGGGUGGGGGUGAAGGUGUUUGAUGAUUGCAUUUGUUGUGGGCCCGAACCCAACUGCUGCGCAUAAUGUACGGCAUUAGCUCUGUCUGUGGAGUCUUCCUAGACCUCGCUCUCUUGACGUGUUGGCGACUGGUGUGCAAGUCUUAAUGGUGUCUGCUUCGCGAAGGAGUUAAGUGCCCUGUGAGUGAGUGCAGUCGCAGCCCAUCCAUUUAUCCGAGUGACCCACAGCUACUGCUCCGCACGCGUCUGUCUGUGUUCUAUCGUCUAUCGUUCGUGUUUGAAUCGCGGGACGGCUUCAAUUUGUUUUCGGAAAUGCGACAGCAGUUAUGGGUGUACUGAUUGGGAGAGGGUUUCUACUAUUUAGUCUGUGGAGAGACAGACGUGAUGGGAGUCGAUGGCACGCCCAUUUCUCUCCUAUCUUUUUUUUGCAAGCAGGGUACUGAUGAUCCGUUUUUCAUGUUCAAGUAGUAGUACGCAGGGUUUGGGGCAUUUCUUUGGAAAGCAAACUCUGCGUUGUUGUGGUAGUCCACCCUCUGCGAUGUUAGUCCUUAGCUUCGUGGAAGUACUAUCUAGCGGCCAUAUCGACUUGGUUUGGAGUAAAAUAAGCAGCAUUCACGCUGCAUGCAAUGAGCAAUCCGAGAAGUGCGCUUGUAUUUGGUAGGACGCGCUUCUCGACCAAGACCGUAAUGUUUUCCUGAAUGAACACAAAAGAAUGAGACCACAUUUUCAUUCUUCUUGCCAUUCCCUUGACUAAUAAUUGACAGGGUCCAUAUCGUGGGUGGGAGAAAAUAAAGUCUUGGGCUCUACCUCAAUGUUUUGCGUGAGACCGAAGUUGGGGUGGGACUCAAUGAAAAAAAAAAGUAUGUCGUACAAGCUACUAGCUGCUU